UACCUUUCUUCGUAUGCGUGCAGUUUGCCUCUAUCUCUAAGCUAACACUUCUGCGUUCAGUUUCAAAGGUGGCUAUCUCUCUCCUAUACGCACCAUCCCAUAUAGAGCAUAGAAAGAAAGCUAAACAAAGAGAAGAGAGUUCCAAUCAUGGCGGACGUUACGUCUAUGGGAGAAAUCACAGCCAUAGCCGCUAGGAUUGGUGUGGAUCUUUCCCAAAUCGAUCUUGACUCCAUUCAUCUUCCUCCUGGUGAAGAUUGUGGCAUACCCAGUGAUGAUGAUGACUUAAUGGAGGAGGACCCCUUGGAGUUUGAUGCUGGUUUUGGGAACAUACUGGUGGUGGACAAUCUUCCUGUGGUGCCUAAAGAGAAAUUUGAGAAGUUGGAAGGAGUAGUUCGGAAAAUUUACAGCCAACUUGGUGUUAUUAAGGAGGAUGGUCUCUGGAUGCCUGUUGAUCCUGAGACUCAGAAAACCCUAGGGUACUGCUUCAUCGAGUAUAAUACUCCUCAGGAAGCUGAGCUGAGUAAGGAGAAGACACAUGGAUACAAGUUAGAUAGGUCGCAUAUAUUUGCUGUUAACAUGUUUGAUGACAUUGAGAAAUUCCUGAAAGUUCCUGAUGAGUGGGCUCCACCAGAGAUCAAGCCUUAUGUUCCAGGGGAGAAUCUGCAACAGUGGCUUACUGAUGAGAAAGCUAGAGACCAGUUUGUGAUUCGGGCUGGCAAUGACACAGAGGUCCUCUGGAAUGAUGCAAGACAGUUGAAGCCUGAGCUUGUUUACAAACGUUCUUUCUGGACUGAGAGUUUUGUGCAAUGGUCCCCUCUGGGAACGUAUUUGGCAACAGUUCACAGACAAGGUGCUGCAAUUUGGGGUGGUGCCACCACUUUCAACCGUCUGAUGCGAUAUGCACAUCCACAGGUAAAACUGAUUGAUUUCUCCCUUGCUGAGAGAUAUCUGGUGACAUACAGCAGCCAUGAACCAAGUAAUCCCCGUGACACUCAUAGGGUUGUGCUAAAUAUUUUUGAUGUGAGAACUGGGAAAGUGAUGAGAGAUUUCAAGGGAAGUGCCGAUGAAUUUGCAGUUGGAGGAACUGGAGGUGUUACUGGUGUGUCGUGGCCAGUUUUUAGGUGGAGUGGUGGUAAAGAAGACAAGUACUUUGCAAGAAUAGGAAAGAAUGUCAUCUCUGUUUAUGAAACAGAGACGUUCUCUCUUAUUGACAAGAAAUCUAUCAAGGUUGAAAAUGUUAUGGAUUUUAGCUGGUCGCCAGCAGAUCCAAUUCUUGCACUUUUUGUUCCUGAAUGCGGAAAUCAACCUGCCAGGGUCAGUCUUGUGCAAAUCCCAAGCAAAGAGGAGUUGAGGCAGAAGAAUCUCUUCAGUGUUAGUGAUUGCAAAAUGUAUUGGCAAAGCAAUGGAGACUACCUUGCUGUCAAAGUUGAUCGGUACACGAAGACUAAGAAAAGCACUUACACUGGUUUUGAGCUGUUCAGAAUCAAAGAACGGGACAUUCCGAUUGAGGUUUUGGAGCUUGACAACAAGAACGACAAAAUCAUUGCAUUUGCCUGGGAGCCAAAGGGUCACAGAUUUGCUGUUAUCCAUGGCGACAACCCUAGGCCAGACAUCAGUUUCAUGCAGUCGCAGAACGGCCAAUUACUGUUUUCCUGUUAUCUUUCGAAUGCUGCGUGUAUAUUUGACGCAACUUCCCUGUUCAUCCUUUCGUAUUUGCUACGUGGUUGUAUGCUCUGCUUGGCUAUGCCUGUUUUUUGGAAGGAACAUGCUUAUAUUCAUUACAUGACCUGCUGGAUACUCAUAUAUAUAGCAAAUGCUUCUUGUUUGGUGCAGUAUUUGUGGCGCCCCAGGCCACCAUCUUUCUUGAGCAAGGAGAAAGAGGAAGAGAUCGCUAAGAACUUGAAAAGAUACAGCAAGAAGUAUGAGGCAGAGGAUCAGGAUGUUUCAUUGCAAUUGAGUGAGCAAGAUCGUGAGAAACGGAAGAAGUUGAAAGAAGAAUGGGAAGCAUGGAUUAAUGAGUGGAAGCGGCUGCAUGAAGAGGAGAAAAUGGAGAGGCAGAAGUUGCGUGAUGGAGAAGCUAGUGAUGAAGAGGAGGAAUACGAGGCAAAGGAAGUUGAAGUCGAGGAAAUAAUAAAUGUUACUGAGGAGAUUAUUCCUUUUGAAGAGAGCCAACAGUGAAUUCAAUAGUUUGAGAAGCCCUGUCCCAACAUUUUCUGCGAGAGCUGCUAUAAGGAGAAGCGAACUCUGAGAGCUUUAGGUAGGAUAUUUGGUUAAAAACUUUGUUUUCUUUUUGUUUCUUUUUCCAACUCAUUUUCUUUUAUUUUCUUGUUUGUUGAUUAUACUAUACGCAGUUUUGUCUGUUAAUUAGCCCAAAAUUCCUGUUACCAUGGGCAAUGAAUUUGAUUACAGAAACUUGAUUAUUUUGUUGGGUAUCUGCAAGGAUUUCUUGCACAAAUAGGUCACUUUGUGCAAAUUCUGG